AACGCCCAUCGUUCCUCUCUUCAUCGGAAGAUUCUUCUAAAGCAACUUGGAGAACGAGAGAGUCAUUUUAAUCGUGGCACGAACAGUCCUAAAUCUCUGAAACAGCAGUUUUUAUCCAUAUUAGCGAAGCUAGCUCCGUUGGACGACGGGUAAAGCCAGUAAACGGGUGGCAAUUCCGCCAAAGACAAAAAUACAGGCAACAACGGACCUUCUAACGUCUAUUGCUCUGUUGCAGUAACUGUGCUUCCUCCGACUCUUGGUUGUCACGGCAAACCGGACAGAACACUACAUCUGAUUCCAAAGCCCUACGGCUCCACGAACGAUACAGUCAUGACGGAAACAACAACCGUAGGCAGCGAUGUAAGCAGCGGAUCAUUCACAGCGCCCGAUUUGGACUGCAGUGGUGCUUGGAUUAAGGAUCCAACCUUGUCUGAUGUACUUUGUGGACGCGGUGGUUCGAUCAACUCGCAUGCAGGCAAUGAGCGAUUUCGAGAAUUGGUCGAAAAGCGGAAGCGUGUCUACCUUACCGCACGCUUCAAGAGAGAAAAACGUCUGAUUGCCAGUAGCAUCGUUUCGGAAAUUCGAGGGCUAAAGCCUUCGGGGAGAUUUCUAUCAAGAGAUAGUAAGACAGGCUUAUGGAAAGAUAUUGGUGAUGAAAAAGCUAGGGACAAAACAUCGCAAGCGUUACGCGAGAAUGCUCCUUCCAUCCGCGCCGAGAUUGAAACGGAGAUCAGCGAGCAGCGCAGGGAUUAUCAACAGGAAGAUCAGGAGGUAGCACCUCACGGUACUUCUCAUCCAGGUUAUUAUGCCCCUCCGACCUGGGGCUUUCCUACUUAUGCAUACCCCAGUUAUCAUCAAGUGCAUCCCGCUCCACCGGGCGGAGCCCAACCUCCGCAUGGAACUCCAAUGCCACCACCUGGCUACUCAUACGAUCCACGGGGUCCGCCGCUGCCACCACAGCAUUACCCUCCACACUAUCCGCCGCCAGGCUAUUCACGAGACUCCCACUAUCCGCCACCGCACUCACACCAUCACACACCAACUACACAGCCCACUGCACAAGCUACACCAAAGUCGGCCCUCGAAGCCACUGCGGAGAUCAUUACUUCUGGUGCAGAGACACUUAAGAAGUGGACUCAUUCCAAUUUAUCAUUGACUGGUGUGCCUUCAAACGAUGGUCAUGAUUCUAGGUCAACAAGUUCACGCAGUUCAAAGCCUAUCGCAUACGUUCACCAAGAUUACACCAAGAAGCGCCGUAUGGUUAAGUUCCGAGACGAUUACGACCGUCGAACAAGCUAUUCGCCGGUUUUUUCUGGAAGUGCACUCGGGGGAGGCCAAGCGCACAACGAGCAAAUCGAACCUCAAAAUUUGCAUGAUCAAGAGAGCUCCCUCAUGACACAAGUUGCCGAUCGCAUUCUGGGGUCGUUAGGUUCCUGGGACACUGGUACUUUCUGUGGCGGUCAUGAUGCAGACGAUGAACGUAAAUCGUUCUUUCCGGUAUCUCUUUCCAGUAACGCAGGGCCACCGACCCAAGAUGAAGACAACAUGGCGGUCGAAUGGGAAGGUCAAGAAGUACAGCUGGUCGACAAGUCUUUGGAGAGUCAGUCUGUCGCUUCCGACGAACGUAUGCCCCCGCCUCUAGUUCGGCAGCAACCACGCCCGGACCAAGCAUCAUCGCUCGGUGGAUUCUCGUCCCUGGGAAGCUGCCAUUCUUGGCUGCUUCCGGAAAGUGCCGCUUCUUAUUUCAGUAAAUCGGGUGCUUCACCCUCGAACUCAGUCGACAUGGGGUACUCGGCCGUCGGCAUGGAACAACAUUCAAUCAACGGUUCAAUCGGCGGCGCUUCGCUCACGCGUGUUUUUGAAAACGAGCCUCAGUCUACGCCUCAUUCCCCUGGCAUGUCGCUGAGAUCGUUGUCUCAAAUGCCAUCGUGGGAACGGUCCCUGCGUAGCAAAUCGCCUCUGUCCAUUGCAUCAGACGAGGAUGAUUCAUUGAUAUCCCGUUCGUCGAGCAAGAUAUCGGAUGGACACCUUAGUCCGUUCCACGCGCCAUCGAGUCCGAUGCCUAUGGUGAACGAGGACGAUAUGGUGUGGGAAACCAAGGAAUGA